AUGGCAGAGCAAAACGUUGGUGCCCUUGUUUCUCUCUCGCCUCCCGAACCGGGCGACAACGUCUGGGAGGCCAAACAGAUCGAGCUUCACCGCAACCUACCCCCCGGUGAUGAUCAGGGACGCUAUUCAAUCGAUUGGAGCUUUGGUCCCAUCAAGAUUAGCGGCUACGUAGAUACCAACACUUUCGAAGUCGGUCUGACCAUCACUGUCACCGGCAUUGACCUCGGCAACAUUUUUGGCAACCCACGAGGUCUGGGUUCAUCUGGAUGUCAAGAUAAUCUUCGACGGCAGCUACCAGGGAGAUUACAAGAUAAUCACUAUCUGAGUAACGGCCUCUGCAUUGGCAGAUCCUGA